UAUACGUUGUUUUUCCCUGAAGUCCUCCAUCUGCUUGCGAGUGAUGGGGAGGCCGGUAUUGGAGUUCCGAGCAAUGGACGAUGACGCCUGGUACAGCGUGAAGGUGGACUUGAAAGGAGAAACUCUGUCGAUCGAGUUCCAUGGCGUUCAGGAGACCGUCAAAUUCGCGGCUUCCAAUUUUGAGUCGGAGAACGCCAUCGACCGCCUCGUCAGAAGGUUUAGGGUUGUUUCUCCGCAGCUUCAGGUUCGCGAAUGUCCUGGAAUCACAGAAGGCUCCCUUGUUUGCGCUGUAUGCAACACCUUCGGCGGGGACGACACGCGCUACUAUGAUGCCGUUGUCGAAGCAGUGAGUCACCUGCUCGCUCUAGAACACCUUUAGAUUCGGUGGACCGAAGAGACCAUUCAUUUGUGAAAGGAGAAUGUUUAUGCACCUUUGUGCUAUCAUGGCUUCAUGGUCCCAAAGUAGGACUUUUAACCAAUGCGAGUAUUGCAAGCAUAUGUACUGUAAAUGAUGAUGGCCAGAUUGAUCCAAUAAUAGCUUCCUUCUCAAAAUUGGCCAAAAGAAAAGUUUUAAAUUCCUCUGGCAAGAACACCGUUGUUUCUGCCAAUGAAGUAUCAGCCAGAUUAGCGCUCCCUAAAGGAGGAUGGAAUCAGUUGUUGUUCAUUGAUGAUAAGAGGAAACCUUCAUUCCAGGACAUUCAGAAUAAAUGGGAAUCAAUUUAUGGCAAUGGGGAAAGCGCAGGUGUAGAAACCUUGAGCGACCAUGAUUGUCAUCAAGAUCAAGAUCAAGAUCUAGGUGGUGAACCAUCAAACUGCUUUUUCAUAGUAAUUGGGAAUAUGGAGAGAAGCUUAUCACCAGCAUCAAUACAAGAGUUCAUAAACAGACAUGCUUGUGUUUCACCGGAAGUGUAUGUUUUGCCAAGUCCCCUGCCAACACACUUUACAAAAGCUGUUCUUUUAUUGGAUACAAAGAAGAAGCACGACAAAGUGUGCCAAUUUCUUGACAAUCCUGAUCAUUUUGUAGUGUCCAUGAGUGGAAGACCAUGGGUUUUGAUUGAAUGUGACACAAAGCUUGGAAUAAAUGGCAACUCACUCGGGAGCCUAGCGGACCUAGCCUGCGAUCAGGAUGAUAGUUAUUCGGAUAAUGAAGUAGCGAUGGUAGUUCAUUCCGGUUCUGAAGCGUAUAGAAGGGCCAAGCGAUUGAAGGAAUUGUUUAUGGACUUCUCUAACCAUGAGCAGCUGCUCUUGAAGAGAUUGAAAGAAGAAGAGGCGAGGGUCUUGUAGCAAAAUUAGGUUAGGUUGGAUGUACAGGAUGAAUUGUGUGACUCGUCUUCAGUUUUGUCGUCUAUAUGUAUAAUUGGGAAUGUUCAUUGCUUUGUUAUCAUUUGUGCAUAUGUAUGGGGGUGUUUGAUAACGAUUUGAUCAAUACUUUUUUGGCGAGGUUAGUUUCAACUGUUUUACUUCGUCAAACAACAUUAUUAUGCUAGAUAAAUGGUUAAAUAUUUUAUCUUGUUUUCAUUAAUAAAUUGAAAAUGAGAAACCACUCCG